GUGAAGCCUGGUAGCUUCUGGCGAGUACCGGAGCUAGGACCUACCGGGAAGUUGUUAACUGUCGGAUGAUAAAAACCAGCUGCAUACUCCGAAUAAGUUGAAAGGAUAGUGUGGUUUGAAAGGAACAUCAUGGAGGAACAAGCUUCAGACAUAGAAGUGACGGUGAAAACACUCGACUCCCAGAGCAGAACUUACACUGUUGGUUCUCAGCUGACAGUAAAAGAGUUCAAAGAGCACAUUGCCCCCUCUGUGGGCAUCCCUGUGGAUAAACAAAGGCUCAUCUAUCAAGGUCGAGUGCUGCAGGAUGAAAGAACACUGGCGGAUUACAAUGUGGGUGGAAAGGUGAUCCACCUGGUGGAGAGGGCGCCGCCUCCACCUUCCCAGCCCGGCUCGGGAAGCACGGCGGCUGACAGCGGACCGUCCUCUUCACCCCCGGGAACAUCACAAGCACCGCACGAUCGCAAUGCUAACAGCUACGUGAUGCUCGGAACCUUCAACCUCCCUGUGAACAUCAUGGACCCCCAGCAGAUACAGAUGACGGUCCAGCAGACGGUGUCAGGAAUGGCAGACAACAGCAGGAAUGCCAGAGUGUCAACCAGCACCGGGAGCAACGGGUCUGUAAAUGUGCACAUCGAUAUGGAUCAGCCGGUUCAGAGCGAGCCCAGACUGAGGCUGGUGUUGGCCGAGAACCUGCUUCGAGAUGUUGGCGACGUCAUCAACAGGAUGGAGGGUCGGACGAGCGAAUCGGCCACUCAGACUGAGACGGCUUCUGCUGCCGCUCCUCCUCCUCCCUCGUCUUCAUCCACCACCUCCACUCCGUCUCCCUCAGCCCAGCCCAUGGACACCUCCCCACCUCCAACCACACCUCCACCUUCUUCUUCUGCUCAAUCUGAGGGACCAACUCCACAACCAGGACCCAAUCACCCCAGUCCGACUGAGCUGGCAGAGAUGUUGUCCGAGCUGCGGAGAGUGGAGGAGAGGCUGCAGCCGUUCCUUCAGAGAGCUCACACCAUCCUGGAGACGGCCACCACCGCUGAGUACAACAACAACACGGAAAGAGAGGACGACCAGCGGACUCUCAUCCAGAUCUGCGAGUGUCUCCGUCUCCUUGGCAACGCCCUCGUAGCCCUGAGCGACCUGCGGCUGAACCUCCUCAGUCCGGUCCCUCGCCACCUCCACGUGGUGCGGCCCUUUUCUCACUAUGCCAGUCCCGUCUCUCUCCCAGGAGCCGUGCACCAUCACGUCCCAGUCCAUAUGAACCUGGGCGCCACAGUGACUGUUGCCUCCAACAGCACUGAGGGACAAGCUCCGCCCACCCAGCCGGCCAGCCAGCCGGAGCAGGCAGGUCAGGGACAGACCUCCCCCUCACAGACUUCCCCGUCCAAUCAGCAGGCUGGACAGGGACAGGCUGCCCCCCGGGUCAUCAGGAUCAGCCACCAGGCUGUCCCGGUGGUCAUGAUGCAGAUGAACGCGGACGGUCCUGGUACAAACUCUGCAGCAGGGGGUCAGCAGAUGCCUGGACAACCAAAUGUCCUCCCCCCUGACUUUAUGCGAAACGUCAUGCAGCAGAUCAGCCAGUACGCAGCUGCUGUCGCCACCAGCGCUGCCACCGCCGCCACCUCUGGCCAGCCGGUCCCCCCUCACCCCACUCCUCCCAGCUCCACACCCACCUCCUCAGCUACCACCACGGGUCCCAACACACCCACCACCACUCCCACUGCGCCUCCUCCACCCUCCCACACUGGCCCCCAGCAGCCCCAGGACCGGGUUGUGUUCACCCGGCCCCCUUUUGCCACCAACAUCCCCCCUCCAGCCUUCGGGACCCGGGGAACCACCAUCAACGUGAGGGCAGCCAUGCCGGGCCAGCAGCAGGGACAGGCCUUCAACCCGGCUGCUCUCAACCAGAUGAUCAGUGGACUGGUUGGACAACUUUUACUGCCGGGACAAAUGGCAGGUCAAACAGUCACAUCUUCUACCUCCUCUACUUCCACCUCCUCCUCCACCUCCUUUUCCUUUUCUGCCUCGGGGCCGACGCCGCCUCCUCCUGCGAACGCGACUUCCACCCAGAACCAAACAGAGACCGGCAGCAGCGAGUCCCUGCCCCAGGACUUGGCUCCAGACCUUCGCCAGCUCCUCAGUUCUCUCCUUGGUGUGGCUGGAGGGGUCGGUGGUGGCGGCUCCACAGGGGCCCCCUCCAUAACCGUCACUACGUCCGGAGUCCCGAACUUCAUGCAGGGCGUGACGGAGCUCAUGCAGCAGCCCAUUUUCUCCCCGCCCCCACCUCCCUCCGGUACCACCCCAGCUCCCGCUGCUGCACCCCCCUCGGCUGCCAACCCCCCCGGAGCGGCGGCUGACUCCCUCAACCCGGAGCUGUUCACGGGGAUUGUCCGCGGCGUCCUCAGCUCCAUGAUGGGCUCUCUGGGCCAAGCGCAGAACGACACGGAGAGCAUCGCUCAGUUCAUGCAGAGGCUGUCUCAGGCCACCAACAUCUUCAUCAGCCCUGAGGACCCCACAGGGUUCUUCGGAGAGCUGCUGAUGUUGGUGUGCCAGACGUUCACCAUGUCGGACCUGGUGAUGCUGCUGCACGGUCAGCACCAGCCCCUGAGCCGGAUCCAGCCUCAGCUGUCCCAGUUCUUCACCCAGAACUACCUGAACGGCAGGGAGCCCACCGACCAGAACAUCACUACGGCUGCUGACAGCCUCGUUAACGAGCUGGAGGAGUACAUCACAGAGAGCUUCAGAGAGUCUUCCGUCACGGUGUUGGACGGCGUGGACGCCACCCAAACCAACAUGUCUUUCUUCAGACAGCAGCUGAUGCAGAUCGCCACUCACGUUCUGCGCUGCACAGAUGAGAGCUUCGGGCCGCAGCUGCUGCAGAUGUGUAACCAGGCGCUGUUCGAGUGUCUCGCCCUCAACCUGUUCUGUCUGAGAGGAGACCAGAGGGCGCUGACGGCUGUCAUCAACCACCGAAUACGGAGGAUGUCGAGCGACAUCAGCCCCAGCCUGGUGAACUGGAUGACCAGCAUGAUGACGAUGAGGCUGCAGGUCAUCCUGGAGCACAUCCCCGUGUCCCAGGAGCAGAUCCAGAACUACAUCGUCCACACGCAGGGAGAUCAGUCUGCUGCGAGCGGCGCCGAGGAGCCUGAACGAGCUGCAACGAUCGGGGACACCCUGUCCCCUGCUGCAGCCACCACGGCGGAGGAAGCCAUGUCCGUGUCCCACAACAGCGCCUCGUCGUCACGGGAGACGAGGGUGUUACCUGGAGACCUGGGAGCCUCGGGCGGAGCUGCGCCGUUGGGUGGCGACAUGGCAGCAGCAGGAGCUGAGGGAGGCAGCGAGGAGUCAGGAGAGUCAGAGAGCUGGGCGGCUGCCGUCCCCCCUGAGUGGGUUCCCAUCAUCAGGUGUGACAUGAUGACGCAGAGGAAGAUGAAGGCCCAGCCCCCGCUGUCUGACGCUUAUUUACACGGCAUGCCCGCCAAACGUAGAAAGACGGGACACGGCAGCGGCAGCCUCCUCUCCCUCUCGGACGCCGUGAGUCAGGCGGCCAGGACGGCAGGAGUGAAGCCCGUUACCUCCUCAGAGGAGCUGCAGAACGACCUGGAGACGGAGGAGGUGAAGGAGGCGUACUCAGAACAGGUGAAAGCAGACGUGAAGAAGCGAGUGAGGGAGGACCCGGACUUCAACCCUCAGCAGUUCCCCAGCUCCCACAGAGCCUUCUCCUCGGACUCAUAAUGUCCUCCACGCCGCUCGUUAAAAACCGUUUCGUCCAUUUUGUUAUUCGGGUCUUUUGUUCGGCUCCCAGCAGCUCAGACUGCGUGAAACCUCAGACGCCUCUCAGCCAACAGAGAACCGGGUUCUGUUCAAACAGAACCGCAGGAUUCACAUCCCAACAGGUCUUAGAAACUAGAACUGGUUCUGUUUUGGCUGAAAGUCCUGGUCCCUCUGCUGAAGUCACAGGAGACAAACCGGACUUUAUUUCCUGCAGGAGAGCGUCACCGAGCCGCUGCUGAACGUCGGAUUGAAACUGAAACGCUUCGGUUUCUCCUGACGGAUGAACCGAGCGGGACGGAGGGAGAACCUGUAAACUCACCGGAUCUGUUCCCCGGAGAACCAGAACCACGACUCAUUUUAUCCACAAAACUAAACUUUAGUCUCAACUCGACACGUCGACUAAAGAUCGGAACCAACGAGACUUUUUAUUUUUAGGUGAGUUUUAGUGACAAACGCUUCUCAGCUGAUUAAAAAAACCUCUUUUCUGCUCCGGUAACGACUAUUUAUUGUUUUCUGGUCCAACUUUUACAAACAUUUUCACAACUUUUAAUUUUAACUCCUAAUUUUGUUUGUUUGUUUCACUGUGGGACCCAAAUCUUCAUGUUUU